GCAGAGCAGCCUUCUAAGUAGCCUGGCUGUACAUUCCUCAUCCACUUUGCAGUUCUCCGGAGUCAGCCACUGCAGCAUCAUGUGGGCCCUGGACUUCUUGCUCAGCUUCCUCCUUAUACAACUGGCGGCACAGGUGGACUCCAGUGGUACCUGGUGCUACGACUCCCAAGACCCAAAGUGUGGCCCUGCCCACUGGAAGGAACUAGCACCUGCCUGUGGGGGCCCAACCCAGUCCCCUAUCAACAUUGACCUUCGAUUGGUCCAGCGGGACUACACUCUUAAGCCCUUCAUCUUUCAAGGCUAUGAUUCAGCCCCUCAAGAUCCUUGGGUCCUGGAGAACGAUGGCCACACAGUGCUACUUCGAGUAAAUUCCUGUCAGCAGAACUGCCCAGCCAUCCGAGGGGCUGGGCUCCCGUCACCAGAGUACCGGCUACUGCAGCUGCACUUCCACUGGGGCAGCCCAGGGCACCAAGGCUCCGAGCACAGCCUGGAUGAGAAGCAUGGCUCUAUGGAGAUGCACAUGGUCCACAUGAACACAAAGUACCAGAGCAUGGAGGAUGCACGGAGCCAACCAGAUGGGUUUGCUAUACUGGCUGUGCUGUUGGUGGAGGAAGACAGGGACAAUACCAAUUUCUCUGCCAUUGUGUCUGGCCUGAAAAAUUUAUCUUCACCUGGGGUAGCUGUGAAUCUGACGUCCACCUUUGCACUGGCCUCUCUGCUGCCAAGUGCUUUGCGGCUCUUGCGGUACUACCGAUACUCUGGGUCUCUGACCACGCCGGGCUGUGAGCCAGCGGUGCUCUGGACUGUCUUUGAAAACACCGUACCCAUUGGGCAUGCGCAGGUAGUCCAGUUCCAGGCCGUGCUUCAGACUGGGCCACCAGGUUUGCACCCCAGACCACUCACGAGUAAUUUCCGCCCCCAGCAGCCUCUUGGAGGGCGCAGGAUAUCAGCCUCUCCCGAAGCAUCCGUCCGAUCAUCAGUCUCUACCCUGCCCUGUUUGCACCUGGCUCUUGUGGGCUUGGGAGUUGGCCUGAGACUCUGGCAGGGUCCCUAGGUCCAGCAAUGAUUCUACAAUAGUAUUUCCCCAAUAAAUCGUGCAUAGUGA